GAAGAUUCAGGAACGUUCCGAUUUUCUUUAGGUGGCAGCACAUGUAGAAAAGCAGUUGAUAUAGGUGACGCUAACGGCGCUUUUCCCAUACUUCCCUAAAAGUGAUGACAGACGCCUUACCUUGUUCUAACUAUUUGUUAAAAUGCAUCUAUGAUAUAUAAGCAGCUUGUUUUGUUAUGUUGAAGAGCUUCAAAGAGGCACAUCCACAAGGGGUUGGUUUCAGACAAGGAGUCAUUCAGAGUGCACUCAAAUUUUAUCUUUAUGAAGAGACAAGUAAGAGGGCUGAAUCUCAUCAAUCAUUAGCAAAAUAUAUCUAAAAUUACACAUUGCACGUCUUUUUAUGUUGAAAAAGGCGUAUACAAUAACCCGAUACUUGAUACAAAUUCCUAUGACGUCAUAUGAUAACGGUUGGCACUUGGCCCAAUUGCCAUCUCAUUUUCUCUUAUUCAUUCGACCUUGAAGUAAAAGGAACGAGUUGUAAAAGUUGUUGCGCGAAGGUGUGUGAGAGGGGUUGUUUGGGAUGUUAAUUGCGAUUUAUGUAGUUUUUCUCCCACGAAUAGAAGACUGAUAUUGAAAAGAAGUGAAAACAGAUUGCAGAGUUAAAAUUAUUGUGCAGUUGAGCAGACUUGUUGCAAUAGCAAUCGCAAUCAAGUCUAUUGACAAUCGAGUAUCGACGUUAUUUUUCAUUUGAAGACCUUAAGACGAAUCCAGAAAGAAGAUGGUUGACAGACUCGUGAACAGCGAGGCGAACACGCGGCGGAUCGCCAUUGUGGAGCAGUGUUUCGGCAGCUCCGGCCAGCCGCUGGCCGUCCAGGGCCGGGUGCUGGUCGGCGAGGGCGUACUCACCAAAAUGUGCCGCAAAAAGCCCAAGCCGCGCCAGUUCUUCCUCUGCAACGACAUCCUCAUUUACGGCAACAUCGUCAUCAGCAAGAAAAAGUACAACUGCCAGCGGAUCAUCCCGCUGGAGGAGGUAAAGCUGGAGUCGCUCGAGGACGACGCGCAGUACAAGAACGGCUGGCUGGUGCGCACGCGCACCAAGUCGUUCGCCGUGUACGCCGCCACCGCCGCCGAGAAGGCAGAGUGGAUGGCGCACAUCAACAAAUGCGUCGACGACCUGCUCAAAAAGAGCGGUAAGCUGGGCGCCACUGACCACGCGGCCGUCUGGGUGCCAGACACCGAGGCCGGCAGCUGCAUGCACUGCAAAAAGAGUCAGUUCACAAUCAUCAACCGGCGCCACCACUGCAGAAAGUGCGGUAAGGUGGUGUGCGGUCCCUGUUCCAACAAGAAGUGGAUUCUGCCCAGCCAGUCGUCCAAGCCACUACGUGUCUGCCUGACCUGCUACGACGAGCUGAGCCGAGCCAAGGCCGACGACAAUCGGCUGGCCGGCGACACACGAGAUAUCCGCGCCCCGACGCACCAGAACUCCGUGGACUCGUCAUCGGAGGACUCGGAGGACGAGUUCUCGAACGGCAACAACCCUCCGGCCGUGGGCGGCGGCCCGCCUGAUGAGCCCAACGUGACCCAGUUCUACCGCAAGUCCGCCACAGAUGGCGGAGACGGACCGCCCUCGGAGCUGCCACCGGCCACGGAGGCCACCAACUGACCGAGCGCCGCGGCACGCGCGCACUCGUGCCUUCUCGAGACCGGUGGCGUCUGACGGCAAGAGUCGGAUGUCGCCGCUGGAGUCUGACGUCACCGGAGGAGUCUGUCGUUGCCGAUGAAGUCUGACGUCUGACUGCUGGAGUCUGACUCGCCGCUGGGACAUCAUUACAUGAGGGACUCUCGGUGGCACCGGGAGUGAUGAGGGCCUCCGAGUUAAAUGUACCGUGUCGCCGUCCCGCGCACCGGCGGGAGUCGUUACUUCGUUAACCUGCCGGCGCGGGAUGCUGUAAUCGUUGAACUGAGAUGUGUCUGUGCCGGCGGUCGCUGGCGCGCCGCGCCGUGGGGCUUCUUCCAUGCAUGGGGUCCGUGUUACUUGCCAGGCGCCGGGCGGGCGCCUAUGCGGGCCGCGGCCGGCUCGGAGCCGGACGGCCGUAUAUUAGCGUGUAGCAGUCAGAGAGAGCCGGCGGUAUUUGCAGUCGGGCGGGCCGGCCGCGCAGCACCAGGCGGUAGGCGCCGCCACCAAGUACGAAAUACACUUCACCCUAUUUUACA